GAAUAUAGGGACAUCAUUUUCCUGUUAAAAUACUCCCAGAUUAAGUCACUAUUCGUGAAUAGUUUCAAAGCUGCCCACGCUGCGAGUGGUUAUGCUCAGACAUUUAGGCAAGCCUAACGUAGACAUCGUAGGAAAGAAUAGCUGGGGGCUUCAUUACUCCCGGCGCUGUUUGUUGAACAGGUCAAUGUCUUCCAAGUGCACUGCUGGCAUCAUCAUCAUCGGGGAUGAAAUCACAAAAGGGAAAGUGGCUGACACCAAUUCUCAUUACGUGGCCCAGAAGCUCUAUUCACUGGGGGUAGAUGUACGCAAGAUAUCUGUCAUUCCUGAUGAAGUGGAUGUCAUUUCUGAGGAAGUGGCCCUCUUUUCCAAAAAGUUCACUCAUGUUGUGACUGCUGGGGGAAUCGGUCCAACUCAUGAUGACAUCACCUACCAAGCCAUUGCCCGUGGUCUCCAACAGAGGUUGAUCCUGUUGCCUGAUCUUGUGGCGCUCAUCAAAUCUCAUUUCAAGAUAACUGUCGCAGAUUAUGAUCCUCUGAAUCCUCCCACAUUUCCUUGGGAUGUGGAAACAAACAGUUUUGAUCCGGCACUGAAGAUGGCUCUGGUUCCGGCCACUAGUCGCUUGCAUCACGCCAACGGUAUCUCUGUUUUCCCCAUGGUCCAGGUGAACAACGUGUACAUCAUGCCGGGCAUCCCGCAAUACAUGAAACGGUGUUGCAGGCAUUUGGAAAUUCUAGCCCGAAAUCCCGAUUUCGCCUUUCUAUCUAAAGAAAUCUACGUCCAGGCGGAUGAAGUGCAUUUGGCGCCCAUUUUAAACGCAGCCGUCAAGCAAUUUGGAGCUCAUGUUUCGUUCGGUUCCUACCCUGUCAUAGGUCACAGUUACUACCGCACCAAAUUGACGAUGGAAUCCACCGAUCAGACCUGGCUAGACGCUGCCUAUCAGUACCUGUCGUCCGAGCUUCCAGCCGAUAGUAUCGUUUCCUACGACCCCACGGCCAUCGAGCGAGCAGCGGAAGCCAUUCAAGAUAUCAUCGGUGGCAAGGGAGCCCAUCAUCGCGAGCUCCAGGUCCCCGUAUCCAACGCCUAUCAGGCGAUUGAAGAAUGUCUUUCGCGUUACGAGCCGUCGGAGGUGUGCGUUUCGUUCAACGGCGGCAAGGACUGCAGCGCCCUGCUUCACCUGAUUCACGCGGCCUGGACUAAACGAAACAAAGGAUCGACAAGCGUUGGGUUGAGGUUACGAGCGCUCUACAUCCGCGGACAGGAUCCAUUCCCCGAGAUGGAACAGUUUAUCGAAGACACGCGACAAAGAUAUGAUUUGGAGUUGUGGACGGUUCCGGGACCCGUCCGUCCUGGAUUGAAGAUGGCCCUGGAAGAACAUCCCGAAAUCAAAGCGAUACUAAUGGGGACACGACGUAGCGAUCCUCACGCAGCCAAUCUCCAGGCCUUUCAGAUGACGGACGACGGCUGGCCAAGCGUGAUGAGAGUCAGCCCCAUACUGGACUGGUCGUAUCAACAAGUCUGGCUCUGCCUCCGCCAGCUCAGCCUUCCUUACUGCAACCUCUACGAUAGAGGGUAAGUUAUCAACCACUUCUUUAUUUAUUUUUUUCUUCUUCUUCUUCUUCUUUUUUUCCUCUUCUUUGUUGGUCUGUCAGUGCGCCGUGACGCUCUCACUUGCUGUACAUAAUGUACAGACAACGGUCUCUACCCCAUGGGGCACUAUGGGGUACUCUAGGAAUGAUGAUCAAUGGCCACCGAAGCCCAUCUAUAAAGAGAGAGAUAAAGAAAUGAGGUUUUUUUUGUGUGUGUGUGUGUGUGUGUGUGUGUGUGCGUGGGUCUUCCAUUGCGAGAAAAUGCAAAGCAUUUCUGGGGAUCAGCCCUUAGUCUUUUAUUUCGUGACUUUUUAUUUUAUUUUUAUUGUUUGCCGAUUCAAUUUUUGGACUUCCCGCGCCUUCGCGUUUUUCUUUUUUUUUUUUAUCUUGUGAAAAAAAAAGAAAAAAAGAAAGAAAUCCGACGGAUUUUUGAAUGAUGGUGGGGGGGGGGAGGCCCAGUUCCAAUGCGUCGCGGUUGAACAAGGAGCACUGAAGCUUUUGAUUGCUCUUGUUCCUCCCUCCCGUGUUUCCUCCCGCCUCUUUCUUUUCCUUACCAUUUCCGUUCUAUCCAUUUUUUCUUUUUUUCGUGUUUGACCUCCUCCGUCUUUCUUUCCGACCGCACCCGUUCGCCACUACCGCCUUUUCUGUCCGUCCGCGUCGGCUCGAUAAUAAAAAAAAAAGGAGAGAAGGGAAAAAAAGAAAAAAAAAAAAAAAAAAAAAGGAAAGCUUUCCGUCCUCCUCGAUACAACAUUGGAUGAUGGCGGGGAGGGAUGGUGUAUGCGCGCGUGUAUCGUACGUAUGUGGGCGGGGAGGGAGUCACGUUUGCGAUCGUCUACCUCGUCAAGAGAGGAGGCAACCAACUGGGGGUCUGACGUGAAACGAUAGAGAGGAGAGAAAGAGAGAGUCGAAGGGGUCCCGUUUCAGGAGUGUCACACCACCAGGCAGUCAGUCAGUCAGCCGCUACGAGCUGGAUCGGAUGGUGUCUGUCCGCCUGUCUGAUCCCCCCUUCCCUUCUUACCCUGCAUCUUGCAUUUGUUUUUGUUUGUGUUUGUGUUUGUUUUCUUUUUUUUUUUUUUUUAUUUCCUUAUUUUCUUUGCCUUUCGAUUCCUGUGCUGACCAUCUGUUACAUUUCAUGUUUUCUUUGACAUUUUCCCUUCA